CGGUUAUAUCUAAAUGCAUAUGACCGUCUUCUGAAACCCAUUUUAUACCCACAGAAAAGCACAAAACCGGCCAUGUGGCUUUAUGUAAAAGCUCAUAGAAACUUCCAGUCAUUCCAUCAAACAGUAAAAUAUGAAGAACGCAUCUUCCAUAUAUAUACCCAACAUCGACACACACAAACACAACAGAGAAAAAAGAAAAGACUCAGCACUCAAACAGACUCGAAAAAAGCAAGGCAAUGAGCUCCAAAGUGAUCUCUGGAGGCGCACCUGGCUUCUCUCUUUGCUCAAAGCCCUACAAUCCAACAAAAAGAUCAAUGCUUGAGCCUUGUUCUCACCUUUCCUGCAAUACCCACUUCUCAAAACCAAACCUUUCGUUUAGAUCUCCAUCCGGGUCAUACAGGAGCAGAACAAGGGCGUCAAUUAACGCCGUUUACUCGCCGGAGAAGACGACGGAGAGUUUCUAUGACUUGUUGGGUAUACCGGAGAGUGGGAAUUUAUUGGAGAUUAAGAAAGCUUACAAGCAAUUGGCGAGAAAGUACCACCCGGACGUGUCACCGCCGGACCGUACGGAGGAGUACACACAGAGGUUUAUUAGGGUUCAGGAGGCGUAUGAGACCCUUUCUGACCCCCAAACUAGGGCUUUGUAUGAUAGCGAUUUGGCUAAGGGUUUGCACCUGGCUUUCUCCGGCAGAAGGCGCGGCCAAUAUGAUCAGAGGUCCUAUGAGGGGGGCGAGUGGAAGAAUGUGUGGCAGUCUCAACUGAUGGAGCUGAAGCGAAGGAGUAUGAACAAACAUUCAAGAGGGAAUGUGAUGUCAUGGGGAGCUCGGAUGCGAAGGCAAAGAAAUGAUAUAUUUGACCUUGGAUUCAACUGAAAGUUUAUGGUUGGCCGUUCCUGUUAGUCUAACACACGAACAACUGUAAACUGGCUGAACAUCUGCUACCAAAGUAUGUCCUCAAUUGAGUCCGUAUAUAUAUAUAUAUAUAUCUUCAAGAGGGAAUGUUUUAUCAAUUUUUGUUCAAAUUUCCAUUUCAAUUUACAGUUUCUAUGUUGUUUAGCCAUAUGAAUGGAUCAACUUUAAAAUGGAUCUUGAGUUCUUUGAUUAAAUUGUUGGUGUAAUUGAUUCCCAUACAUAAUGAACAAUCAA